AUUGGCCAAUCAAGACAGUCGACGCUCGAUACACCUUAGGCGGCGGUAAUGGACGCAUGGAAGCCCGCGAGUUUUGUCGGAGAUUACCCGCCGCGUUCCUUAAGUAUUAGGUCACCAAUCGCGCCCCUUCUGAGAUGGACGUCCUGAAGGACCGGAUAAUAGUCGCCAAUGGGAUUCCGCCGGGUCUGGACCCGGGCUUUAUCUCUGACACGUUGAAAGCUUACUUUGAGAACCGACCUUUGUCUGGCGGUGGGCCGGUAAAGAGUGUAGAGCUCCAGCGAGAAGCGGGGAGACUGUUGGUUCACUUCAAGGACCAGGCACUGCAGCCAAUGUUCUGAGUAGGAGAAAGCACAGGGUGUACCUGGACAAGAAGAAGGCAGUGGUGUGUACGACCCUGACUGUAACACCGUUGGAACAGCCUAUCAUGAACCAAUCCCUUCUCUCAUCAAAUUCCAAAGCAGGAACUGAAAGAAAUGGAGAAAAGACCGUGAACACCAGUGAUUCAAAAUCACCUGGAGCUGGAACUUCCUACCCCAGAACAUCUUCUAAAUGUCUGGCCAGCAACCACCCAGAAGUUAACGGAGAAAGAGAAAAUAAAGCAUCUUCCACCAUGCCUUCCUUUGUGCCUGGGGGAAGUUCCAGUGACGAGACUGACGAGGAGGUCCAAGGUAUCAUAGAGGUCGACAACAUCAGCCCCAAAACAUCUGAUGACACACUGCAGCUGUACUUUGAGAACAAAAGAAGGUCAGGGGGAGGGGAGAUUCUCAAGUUUGAAAGGAAAGGGGACACUGCACUCAUCGCUUUUGAAAAUGAAGGAGUUGUGAACAGUGUAAUCGCUCGUGGUCCUCAUGUGCUGGACGAAUUUGUGCUGACGGUCAAGUCCGUGAGUCUGAAGCAGAAAGGGAAACAUCGCAACCUCCCGCUGGACACGAACCGUGUCCUGCUGCGUGGGGUGAAGGACACCACAACUGAGGAGACCCUCCGUCUGUACGUGGAGAACCGGAGCGGCGCAGAGGAGGACAUCAUGUUCCUGUACGCUGAAGAAUCCGGCGUGGUGCUGGUCACUUUCUUCGAACACAUCGAACUUGACCGUUUUGUUGGGAGAUGCAGCCAGCGGCAGUUGGAUGGUGCAGACGUCAGGGCUGAGAGGCUGCAUGUUGCAGACAGCAUCAAAGUUUCCAACCUGCCUGCAGACGUGUCCACUGAUGCACUGACGCUUCACUUUGAGAACAAACGGCGAAGUGGCGGAGGAUAUGUUCUUGCAGUGGACCUUCUUCCUGUGGACAAUUCAGCAAUCAUCCAUUUUGAAGACCAUUGUGUUGUGGAAGCAGUAGUCAGCCAGGCCCACACAUUGGACGGCAUGCAGUUGAAUGUAGAUCGGUACUUCCCACAUCUUGGCAGAGCAACAAAGGUUAAGGCUGUUACCUUGUCCAUUCCUAAACCAGUAACCUGCCCUGUAGAUGAUCACGUGAUGAGAUUCGUCAUGACCAACCAACAACACCAAGACUGCCUGAACGAAAGCUUGGAGAAGGAGCAGGCACGGCUGCAGUGGCCGGUGGAAGGGAACCUAGCACUCACGAAAAUCAUCUGUACAGCCUCGGAAGAGACCCAGUCCGCCACAUCUGUCACACGGGACUGGGACUCCAAAGUCCACACAGCUUUGAAAACGUUCCUUUCAGCAUUUGAGUUUCGCAAGGUUCUUGUCCAGGGGAGUCUGUGGAAGUCUGUGACAUCACGAGUGGGCAACCUUCUACUCCCUCCCUCAGACAAGGUUGUAAUUGAGGAUGAUCCAACCAACCAUGCUUUGCUCAUCUCUGGACUGUCCAAGGACGUGCUGGAUGUGGAACGUAAAAUCACAGAGGUGGUCAGACAGGUGGAGGAAGACACAAAGAAUGGGAGGCGCGUCGUGACAGAGAAACUGGCGAUGACUCCGGAAAGGAUAAAGAUCAUGGUCAUGGGGAAUUUCUUCCAGUUACUGAGAGACUCUUUUCCCUCUUUGAAAGUAGCAGUGGAUGCAAACAGCAAUGAGAUCACAUUGAAGGGAUUCGUCCAUGACAUUGACAUUGUCAAAGUACAAAUGUACGAAAAGCUUGAAAAUCUUGUUCAACAUUCCUACAAGCCCUCGCAGAAUGUCCAACAGUUUCUACAAGAUGCGAACGCUUCACAGUUUCUGCACAACUGCAUCGGAAAGGAUGGCUUGACAGCAGUCUAUGCUGUCGAGAACAAUGAGGUGAUUGUGUCCGGAGUGUCUGAGACUGAUGCUAAGAGGGCAGUAGAAGUUCUACAGAACACAGUUGUUGAACACAACAUCCCAGUUGAUGAGCCCAGUAAGAGUGCAUUAGGUACAGCGGCAUGGCAAGAGUUUGUUAAGGGUGUCCAAGACAACAUGGUGGUCAGGAUUCAAGAAGACGACCAAGGUGGGCUGGUGACGUUGAGACUGGUGGGAGCUGUCGAGUUUCUUCCUGAAGUUGUAGGUCAGGUCGAAUCCUUUUUGCAGACAAAUACAGUAGUGGACACUUUCCUCACAAUGGAAAACGGACGUGCACGGUUUCUGAAAGAAAACUGCGUCAGUGAACUGCGAGACAUUGAGAGAGAUCUGAAGCAGAUGUCUGUGAACAUUUCCAGAGAAACAAGGGGAAUUGACAGUGGGUUCUGCAUCGAAGGUACAGAAGAAGGGGUGACAAAAGCAGUGGAGAAGCUCAAGGAGUUAGGAGAGGGCAUCUUAAGUCGCCAGCUCCCAGUGGAGAAGCCGGGCAUGCCUGCAUACUUCACUGAAGGAGGAGGAAGGGAGUUCUUGUCUGUCGUUGAACAUCUGCAUCACUGCAAAAUUGAUGUGAUAACACCCUUGGAUGAGGCAUUGUCAAAGAGCAAUGUUGAUUCACUGUCAAGUAGGGAUUCCCCCAUACCUAAUGAUGCAAGGAGAGGACUCACAAGUUCAGUUCCAGAAUUGCAGAUGCCGGUAGAAGAGAUUUCCCACAUUAUCAUGGACAAUGGUACAAGGCUUGUCAUCUGCAAGGGAGAUAUCACAAGGCACCCUGUCAAUGUCAUGAUCACACCAGCCAGUGCAAAACUGGAGCUGCCUGGAGCCCUUGGGGAAGCCAUUAGAAUUCUAGGUGGUGAUCGCAUCCAGCAUGAGUGCAGGGAAUACAUCAGAAGUAACGGAGCUUUGUCAGAAGGACAGGUUGUGGAGACGUCCCCUGGGAACCUCCCCUGUAAACACAUACUGCAUGCUGUGGUGCCAUGCUGGCCUCAUUCCAUGGACAAGGUCACUACAGAGGAUGCCACAUCGGAGGAGACCCAGCUAUUUGAACUGGUUCUCCAUGCACUGGAGCUGUCAGAAGAGCUGAGACCACAAGUCGUUGCCUUACCGCCCAUCGGAGCUGGGUCUUUCGGCUUCCCGACAGAAAUCAGCGCCAGGGGCGUAACAGACGCAGCCGUCGAGUUCUGUCUUCAGAACAGCGACACGAGCAUCAAGGAGAUCAAGUUCAUCAGUAUCAACUCCUUAGAAGUAGCAGCGUUUCAUAAGUCGUUGGUCGCCACGUUCGGCGACAGAGUGGAGAUGAUUCCCACCACAAAGAAAGCAGCAACAGCCAAACAGGAGGAGCCAAAGAAGUCAUCAGGACCCCCAAAGACAGCUACAAGGAAGAAGAAGCAGAUUGUGGAAGAAGAUCUCGACUUGCCAGAUGUGACAGCAGGUGCCCUGACAACUCCUCAGGGCCUGAAGAUUACACUGGUUAAAGGGAGCAUCGCUAAGCAAAUGGUUAACGUAAUCGUCAACACAACACAGCCUGGUCUGAAUCUGAAUUCAGGCUCGGUGUCUAAAAGUGUCCUGAAGGUUGCUGGUCCCCAGCUGCAGUCUCUGUGUUACCGAGCAAACACCCAUACAGGGGACGUGCCCACAGGAGAAGUCAUCAUCACCGACCCGGCAAAGCUACCCUGCAAACAGGUCUACCAUGCUGUAUGCACACGCUAUGAUCGACUCACGGGGGGUGGAAUUGAGGAUUUGAAAACUAUCCUCUGGAGGUGUCUUGAAGAAGCAGAGAAGUCCAAGAUGGAGUCCAUUGCCUUUCCAGCCAUUGGGACCGGCUCCUUGGACUUCCCUCGUGACCUGGUGGCAAAGGUCAUGUUUGCAGAGGUUCUGGAAUUCAGCAAGGAAAACCUUGACUCUGGGGUCAAAGACAUUCGUUUUGUGGUGUACAGCAUGGACCAUGCUACAGUCCAGGCCUUCGAGACAGAGCUGGAGCGUCAGGGUGGCACCCUACAGUCAGGCUCAGAAGGUUCCCUCACCCCCGACAGGGACCUGUCAGCAUCACCCAAACCAUUCUCCAGCGUUCCACACAAACUGCACCCAGAGGAAGCAGGUGUGUCCAGCGGUUCGUCUAGUCCACAACCAAUGACAGACGAGGUCCAGAUCGGACAUGUUUGUCUCCAUGUCCAGCAUGGGAACAUCGCCAAAGACAGGACAGAUGCCAUUGUGAACCCCACCAACGCAAAACUGGAUUUCACCAUGGGUUCUGUGCCAAGAGCAAUUCUCAAUGCUGGUGGCCAGGCUGUAUUGGCUGAGUGUCGCCAACUGGGGUCCUUACCCAUCAGUGGUGUGGCCGUGACUGGUGCAGGAAACCUGCGCUGUAAACAUGUCAUCCACGUGGCACCAGGAGACGACAUCUACACCCUGAAGGAGCAGUUCAGGAACGUCUUACGUCUGGCCGAGGAGAUGGAGCUCAAGUCUAUCUCUUUUCCUGCACUGGGAACAGGUAGUGCACGGAUAGAGACAACCCAAGCAGCAUCCUGUAUGGUGGAGGCCAUCGACGAGUUUGUCCACGAAGACAAGCCCAAGAAUCUGGUUCUAGUCAGGGCUACCAUCUCUAAAGAGGAGAUCAUGGUAGUCUAUCGUGAUGCCAUCUCACAAUGGACGCCAGGGCAAAGACAGCAGGGACAGCUUGCUGCACUGGAGAAAUUAGCCAAUGCUGUUGCUGAACGCAUGAAGAGGGUCAUUAGAUUUGACCCCAAGGACCCUCCCUUAGUUGUCUCGGUGGAUGGGAUAGUACUGAAAAUAUUUGCCGGAAAGAAAGCGCAGCUGGACACGGCUGUGAGGAAGAUAGAGGACAUGAUGAGCAGGGAGUGUAAGGACCACGUCAUCACAGACCCAUCUGUGGAGAAACUGUCACUUUUGGAGCAGGCUAAGAUUAAGGAGCUGGAAAAGCAGCAUAUUGUGGCAAUAACCAUCGAUUGCAGUGACUCCAGCAUUCGAGUACAAGGCAAUGGAGGGGAUGUCAGUGAUGUGGUGACUGAUAUCUACAAGGUUUUGAAUGAGAUCACAGUGAAGGAGUACAAGAGUCAGCAGGCUGAACUGAUGUCCAGGGAGGUUCAGUGGUGUUACCUGGAGCAGGAUACGUACCAGCCCUACAGUCCUGAGCUGAAUGCUGUCCUGGAACAGGCCAAACGGCAUGGUAGGUCUUAUGUUGACUUCACGAAGCCAGACACCCUGGAAGCUUUUCACGUGGACUUCAUCAGAAUGAAGGAGACACAGAUUCUAACAGGAGACACCAGGCUUAUUGUCAGGAAGGACACAAAGACAGAUCUUCCCGAGUUCUGGGACCCCCAAGGUGAUGAUGAGGUGAAGGUGGUGGAACUGAGCGAGGGCAGUCUGGAGUUCCAGGAGACGUACAUGUACUUCGCCAAGACAAUUGGAGACAAGCCAUCUAAGGUUGUCAAGAUUGAACGUAUCCAGAACCCAGCCCUGUGGCGUCAGUACCAGGUGAAGAAAGAGAAGAUGGACAGAACAAACAAGGCUGCCGACAAUGAGAGACGUCUGUUUCAUGGAACCUCCACCGGGUCCUGUUCCCACAUCAACGCACACGGCUUCAACAGGAGCUUCUGUGGCAAAAAUGCUACCCUGUACGGCAAUGGAGUGUACUUUGCUGUCGAGUCCAGUUUCUCAGCGAAGGACCAGUACUCCCUCCCCGCCACCAAACACAACAAGCACGUGUACCUGGCCAGGGUGCUGGUGGGAGACGCUACAGUCGGCAAGCAGGGCAUGAUUGUCCCUCCACCUAAAGACCCCAACAACAAGACUGUCCUGUACGACAGCGUCACCAACAAUGUCAAAAACCCAAACAUCUUUGUGAUCUUCCAUGACACCCAGGCUUACCCCGAGUAUUUGAUAACAUUUCGUAGUUAAGUCAUAUGCUGGCCAGCAUUCCUGCAAGUAAUGCGAAAAAUGUAAUACACUUCUUUAACAAUUGAUAACAGAAUAAACCCAGUUAAGCCUACCUAUCUCCGUCUCGUCAAAAUGUAGAAAUGCAAAAUAAAAACAUAGAAAUGCAAAUAUUUGAUAAACAUGCAACCAAUCUCUCAUUGGAUGAACUGCUAAUUGCCAUAAUUGUAUCAUUGGUUGAGCUGCUGAUUGUGAUGGACAGUCAGGACGGGCUAUUGUUGGGGUAUUGUUGCAAGCUGUCUGGAGUGUCAUAAGUUGCCCGGCUUAGCUAGUGAUUUGUGUUGUUGUCAUUAGUUAGUGAUAUAGCUAGCACACAGCAAAUUCAGGAGAUGUUGCAUCAAAAGCUUGUCAAUGAGAAAAAUAAAAGAGUCAUGAGCACUAUUGAGUUGCAGAGACAGAGGACAGUACCAAAAUGGUAUUUUAUGUAUUACAGUAAUGAUUCUGAAAUUAUCUGUCUGGGGUUACCUGACAAGAUUGCUGCAUGAUUUUUAAGCUGUUCAUUCUAUUUAUUAGCAUCUAUGUUAAUGUUACAUGUUAUGUCAAUAAUUUGUACAUCUAGCAAUACAUGAUGUAGGUGGUGUAAAGAUUUUUUGAAUGCAAUAUUUUUGUACAUAGAACAGCUUGGUUAUUGAAUAAUGGGAAGCAGCAUGUCUUUAAGAAUAGUAGAAAUGAUAACUUUCUCCAAGGACAUAUAUAUAGAGAGGACUGUUGCUACGUCAUACCGGUAUCAUUUAAGCUGCAUUUUAUGAGUACAUGUUCUUUUGGAUGGAAUGUAUCUGUCAGGUUCAUCCAUCAUGUUUGUAAAAGGUUGUUUUUUUUUUGUUUGACUCUUGAGAGUCUAUACACUCUCAUCAAGGGUAAGCUGGCAUCACAAGUAUUUAAUAAUCAAUAAUAAGUUAAGUCCUAUUUAAUUUUGAACUUGCUUGUGUUAUUUAUUAUAAUUUAUAUGCAUUACAAUAUGAAUGUAUUAUCUAUUUAUGGCCAUACUGAUUAAUAUUAUAUUAACCUUGCAUCAUCUGGGGCAUUUUUCUAAUAAAAAGCCUCUAUCUUCUAGAAGUACUCUAUCUUCUAACCUUAUUUGAUAUCUUAUCAAUCAAUAUUGUU